AUUAUUACCAAGAGGUGUGUCCCGCUGCUGGGACACUGUCAUCUAGUUUUGUGUUGCACCGUCUUUCUUAGCGUUACUAGGAUCGAAUGUCGGCUAUGGACAAUGUCGCUGCAGGCGCGGAAGGACUAGUAUUCUCUCCCGAAAUGCAUGCGUUUUUUGAACGGCGGCUAGCCGAGGAGCGUGAGUCGGUUCGGGAGGCGCUCACCGCCGACUUCGACCGGAGGCUGAAAGAACAAGAAGAAUUAUCACAAUUGAAAUUAGCUCAAGCUCGCAGCGAGAAUCUUCCCCAAUGUGCAGAGCCACCGAACCUGGCCAACCACCCGUCAUUACGCGAAUCCUGGGCCUUCGUAAAGGAUGCGCGCGUCGCCACGGAACAAAUCAACGUUAUGUUAACAAAAGUGGCGGAUAAUACAUCCUCAAAAGGUCAGGCGCUUAUGACAGCUGUCAACCGCUUGACUAACCUCAUUGACCUACGUUUAGCAGCGUACACUGGCGCCAUGGACGCCACAACUACCAAGAAGGCAGAGUUCGUCAUGCGAUACUACGCUACCUUCCGGAGCAAAGCCCUCAACCCGACCGGCCACUGGGCAACGGGGGAGCGAAAAUUCAAAGACGUCCAGAUGGACGAGGCUGCCAUCAUCGAUACCGGGCUCAUGCGGCCCACCGGCAGCUUGGGUGGCAACAGCAUGGCUUACACAGAGGGCUCUGGCAACAGGCAUCGGCCCUACCCCGGCUCCGGCCACCGUCACCCUCCGGGCCCGGGAGGCCUUAACAGUUUCCGCGGAAUGCGCCACAGCAGUUACAGGAACACUGGGCCCAACCCCCAGAAGUCUUGA